AUGAAACUCACUAACGGCACUACUACGAAAAAGAAACGAAUGAGCAAACCGCUUCCACUGAAGCAACGGACGUCCAGUGUCGAUGCUCGUCGAGACUACAAUGCCGAAACAUGGUACUCGGUGCUCGGAUUGCUCAAGGUGCGGGAAUACAUUAUCACGGUGGACCAUUUCUCCAUUUGGCGGCGCCACUUGGCUUGGGCCAUGGAAAAUGGAAAAAGUCUACGAGACCACAUGACACAGCGAUACUCCUCUAGCAUGGUAUUCAUGUCAUUGCUGCUUUCCACAGAACUCAAUAUUCUAUUCAAUUCAUCCGUCAUUACCACCAACAUGAGGCGGUCUCUACAGAAUGAAGAAUACUGGAGGGUCGAAUUCUGGAUUGGAAUUACCAUUAUAUUCUCGGCGGUUCUGACGUUGCUCGGUCUCAUUUCCACUUACACUGCCUGGUCCAUGGUCAGUUGCGUCGACCCCAGCAAUGCCCACUGCGUCUUUCGAUCCAGCAUUGGACAGUACGUGGCAGAAUUGCCGGGAAGACUCAUUGUCGGAUCCAUCUACACGUUUCUCCUAUGGGUCAUGAUGUUCUUUUUUGUAUUGCUGCCCAUUGGAUAUUGGAGCAUUGCGCUAGCCAUCGUGUCCUUUUUACUAUUUGCCCAUACCAUUUGUGUACUCAGCGCCUUUGGACGUAUCAUUAUGCACAGUGGGGCCAUGGGACAUGAAAAAAUAUUUGAACAAAACUACGAACGUGGUCUAUUGCCACAUAGUUUGCAUGCCCACCUAUUGGCCAAGGCACGGGCCAACUUGUCCAAGAAUACAAGUAUUCUACGACAGUAUCGAGGCCAGUCGCGACCCAUUGAUGGAAUGAUCUUUUCCGACGAAGAAGAGGAAGCAGACUUGUCGGAUUCCUACCGAUCUUAUCAACCACAACCCUACCAUCGACAGAGCCAAGAUGGGGAUAGUAUUACCCAAGCCUUGACAGAACGGACUUCCUUUGAUACGGGAUACGGAUACACGGAUGGCUAUCGCGACUCGUCCAUGGGAAGUUAUGCUUCGAAAGGCAGCAGCAACAACAACAAUCCGUAUUACUAUGAUGACGACGGCCCUCCUCCUUCGUCCGAGCCGAGAAGACGUGCGGACUCAACGGUCCGAUUUGCCGACGAAGUUGACAUGGUAACGUCGUCUGCACGAAAGAACGAUACUAGCAAUCCACAGACCAGCGAUUCCAUGAUCCCCGAAGUGGACACUCCCGUUUCAACUAGAUCCUCCCCAGGUUCUGCGUUUGAGUCCAAGUCAGCCACCGCAAAGCAUCCAAGUGAAACCCUUCGUCCCGGGGUUGUGCGGCGCGAUCGGUCCAACACUACCGCCACAGACGGCGACUUUGAAGAAAUGAUGAUGUUUGGAAACAAGACGCCCCGGAGGUCACCUCCGCCACCCAUACCCAAGGUUCCUGUUCCAGCUCGGGCUGGAUCCGAAGGUUCCAACAAUCCGCAGGACUUGCGCGUCUCUACUGCUCGACCACCCAUUGAUGCAACGAGGUCCUACAGCAACCCGGACAGGCGACCCACGCCGCCUGGACUCUCCGUGUUGGAGAAUGCUGCCAAAUUGCAGCGACAGUGGCGAAACUCGUACCCUGGACCGGGUGAACGAGGAUUGCCCCCACCGUCACCGCCGAGUAGGAGACCGCUGCGUUCCCAGUCACCCGUGGAAAGUGAAGCAAGCUUGCAGCAAUUAUGGGUCAGUUCGAGUCCCCAAAAUAUUGCGGAUGUGCGAAAGGACUAUCCAGUACAGCAACAACAUCAGCAGCCAACGACGAGAAUUAGCCCCGUGAACGGUGCUCCUCCCCAAACUAGUAACUAUCGUGCCAAGACGAGAAUGGAGUCUCCUCCUCCUCCUCCCCCGCCACUCCCACCGGACAUUACGACUACCAUGACGCCCGUGUCUUCGUCGGGUGCCUUGUCAUCGGGAGGCGACACCAACGCAGGAACGUCCCUCUCGGAAGAGGAGGAAGAGGCAUUUGCAAGAGAUUAUGGCUUUGACGCGGAGGAUCCCUGGCCGCAAUCCACCGAAACUGCGAGCCUUUUGCAUGGUCCAGACCGAAUCUCUCAGAGUUACAUGUCUGUGGGCGAUACGAACGAUCCGACGACGAGGCAGAGACAUGGUUGA